AUGUCAUGUUUCAGAAAUACUUUGAUAGAAUAUGUAUCGGCUAGCACGGAUCUAGCUACAUAUCAAGCGUACGAGUUAGCUAAAAACCUUCUUCUCUACCACGGUGCCGCCAAACCUGGAGUUGAAGCAGGGGAUGAGAAGAAAAUUGCCGAAAAGUGGCACGAUGAUGGCACACAGGUGAUUUAUCUCGGCAUCGGAGAGCCCGUGAACAAAACGAAUAUGGAGACGAUUGCGAAUGGGACGGAUAAUGUGAUAGGUAUACCUGACAUCACAGAGGUCAGCCUACUGCAAAAACUCCGCAUGAAAAUCGGCAAAGAAGUGAAUCGAACGCUCGAACUACUGACGCCACCACCUGAGAGCGAUGAGUCAACUUCGGAGGGUCCUGAUACUAUGAAAAAGACCACAGCGGUCGGAGGGACUUCGGAGAGCAGAGCUGAUAAAGGAUCCCCUCGUACGACAACAGGCCAAGGAGUGACGUUCCCAGAAGAAGUUACGCCACCGCCUAUAGGUGAACCGUUGGAGAAGGGAAAAAGUACCACGAAGGACGUCUCGGAAGGCGGAACUGAUGAAGGAUCCCAAGGUGGGACAACAGGCAAACGUGUGACGUUCCCAGGAGAAAGCACAGAAAGUGGCACCACCAAACCGUCGGAGAAAGGAGCCACGGAGGACGACAGCCGCAAACGUAGCACAACGAAGGAAGGACCAGAAAUUGGAAAGACACCAUUCCCCUUGCCGCCAGACACGACAUCUGUGAGAUCAUUUCAAAUUUGUCUUGACCUUGACUCAAAAUUCUUCCGGAAACAUCUGUUCCGAAGCGGAGAAGGGACAAAGUCAGUACCUGUGUCACUUCGGGACGCUUCAUUCCGACGAAAGCAUGACAGAACCGUGAAGAUUUUAUUCAAACUCUCCUCAGAAUAG